UCCCAUGGCAACCACAGAGCUUCCUCCAGAAGGAAGGGGGAAGAGGCGGGGCCACAGUUGAGAGGGCGGGACACACUGUACUAGUUAGACAAUGAUCACUCACCUUAAAUUUACCCACUCUGGAUUAUAGACACCGAGGGAGAGCUUGGAGGGCUGGGAGCCUACCCUGCUGGGCUAGGGACCAUGGCUACAAAACCCGGUGACUCAGCUCUCCUCCCGCAAAAGGACGCGAAAGGUUAAGCUUGGAAUCUGGUGAUAGAACCUUCAAGCGGGAAGGGCACGGGGUUAUAGUAGCUUAAAGGGUUUUGUAAAGGAAUGAAGCUCCCUGGAGGGGUUUCCUGGAGAAGGCGACUUCCGGACUAGCCUGAGAUAGUCCGCCCCGGGCCAAGCGGCAGAGGCACAGUAUUUUAGAUUCGGGAUCAUGGAACUUAGCUUAAAAGUCUCAUCAAGAGAAGUACUGAAACCAGAACAAUUACCCAAGGUUCUACAGAGAAAUGACACCCAGCGGGUCACUGAUAGAACCUAUUUCAUUGAUGGCUCCAACCAGGGUCUGAAAACCAUCCCGUCAGAGAUUUUGGCACUGAAAGAAUUAGAAGAACUGCAUCUGGAGAACAACCAGAUUUCAGAAAUUCCCCAGGACAUUCAGAAUUUAAAGAAUGUCAAGGUCCUCUACCUGCACAAGAACAAACUGCAAAGUCUGUGUCCGGAGCUGGGGUCGCUGAGCAGCCUGGAGUCGCUGGACCUGAGCGGCAACCCGCUGCUCUACGCCUCGCUGCGGGUACUCAGUUGCCUCCGCACGCUUCGGGAGCUGCGGCUCUACCAAGCCGGCCUGAGAGAGGUUCCCUCCGUGAUCUGCAAAUCGCUGCACCACCUGGAGCUGUUAGGGCUGUCGGGGAAUCACCUGGAAUCUCUGCCCGAGGAGAUCGUGAACCAGAGCAAGCUCAGGGAGAUCUACCUGAAACACAACCAGUUCUCAGCUUUCCCUGGCGUCCUCUGUGCCCUUUCCAACCUGGAGGUGAUCGAUCUGGACCACAACAAGCUUAAGGCCAUCCCGGAUGAAAUCGGGAACCUGGUGAGGCUACAGAAAUUCUACGUGGCGUCUAACAACCUGCCUCUUCUACCGGAGUCUCUGAGCCGGUGCAACAAGCUGACGGUGCUGGAUUUGACCCAAAACCUCCUCCACGUCCUCCCGCCCACCCUGGAGCUGCUCACGGAGCUCAAAGAGGUCGGUCUGAGUGGGAACCGCCUGGAGAAGGUGCCCCGCCUCCUGUGCCGCUGGACGGCGCUGAACCUGCUCUACCUGAGCAACACCGGCCUGCAUGGACUGCGGCGCUCCUUCAAGCGCCUGGCCAACCUGCGCUUUCUGGAUCUUAGUCAGAACCACAUUGACCACUUCCCCGCGCAGAUCUGCUCGCUCAGGAACCUGGAGAUCCUGGCGCUGGAUGAUAACAAAAUAACACAGUUACCAUCGACCAUGGGCUCACUUUCAAAACUGAAGAUACUUGGAUUCACAGGGAAUGACUUUUCAUCCUUCCCAGAGGAAAUCUUUUCCUUAGUGUCUCUGGAGAAAUUAUACAUCGGACAAGACCAGGGAUCCAAGUUUACCUAUCUGCCAGAAAACAUCAAGAAAUUGCAGAAUCUUAAAGAACUAUAUAUAGAGAACAACCAACUGGAGCAGCUGCCUGCAUCCCUGGGGUUAAUGCCAAACCUGGAAGUUCUUGAUUGUCGGCAUAAUCUUCUCAAGGAACUGCCGGAUGCCAUUUGCCAUGCACAAGGUUUGAGGGAGCUGCUACUGGAGGACAACUUACUCACCCACCUCCCGGAGGACCUGGACCACCUGGUGAACCUCAAGGUUCUAACCCUGAUGAACAACCCCAUGGAAGACCCUCCAAUGGCAGUGUGUGCCCAAGGCAACGAUGCCAUAUGGAGCUACCUGAGGGGAAACCGAAUUAGGAAAAUGAUGGCCACAAAGAUUCAGGCGUGGUGGCGUGGAAUCAUGGUGCGGAAAGGAUGUGGGGCUUUUGAAGAGCUACUGAGAGCCCGAAGAAAAGGGAAAAACUCUCCAAAAGAUAAGAAAGGGAAAAAGGCUGCUGCCAAAGGAAAACCCGCAAAAAGGAAAUAAAAAAAUAAUUGCGGAAAUGAAUGAAUGAAGAUUGUUAACAGAGCAGGAAGGCCGCGUGUCUAGAGCCCAGACACAGCCACAGGAAAAUUAUCCACCAACUUGAGGUUAUCUGUAAUAAUAAAAGAUUCUUAAUUUUGCUGAAAUGUUGAUGGGAAGCAUGACAUAACACCUGGUAAG